AUGCCAGAAGACUUUCACGUGUCACCUUGCGCAUCCCAAGCUUCAUGUCCCUGGGAUGAAGCGCAAUGGCAAAGAGAGGUGACGAGUAAGGCAAAGGAUCCCCAAACCCAAACUGCUGCGGACAUCAUCCACGAGCAGCGCCUUCCAAAGGGGUUUGCUGCAAUCGCAGACCGGCGGUAUAUCCUGCGGCCGGAGGCUAUCGAGUCCGCCUUCAUAUUGUACCGGAUCACCGGACGAGAAGAUCUGCUCGAUGCCGGCUGGACGAUGUUCGAGGCAAUUCAGAAAGCUACGGAGACUGAUCUUGCCAACGCAGCUUUAUCAGGCAUCACCGUUCCCCAGCCACCUCAGACUGAUUCGAUGGAGAGCUUCUGGACGGGGGAGACGCUCAAGUACUUCUUCCUUCUCUUCAGCAGCCCCGAUCUGAUCAGCCUCGAUGAAUAUGUAUUCAACACCGAGGCGCAUCCCUUGAAGGGGAUGAAAUAA